AUGUGCAAUCCCAAAGCCCAGCUGCCAGGUCCAAAUCCGUAUCCCCCCAACAUCAGGUACCCUGGAGGUUCCAAUCAUGCCAACCUACCACCUACCAAUACAAUCUUUCCUCCAGGCCCCUUUUCUCCCCAACCAGGAGCUUCCCAGGGAAAUCCAGCUUUCCCUCCAGGUGGGCCCCCUCAUCCUGUGCUGUAGCCAGGGUAUCCAGGAUGCCAACCCUAAGGUCCCUACCCUCCUUUAUACCCACCACCUGCCCCUGGAAUGGCUUCUGUGAAUCCCUUGGCUCCUGACAUGUUAGGACAAGGACUGAUAGUGGACAAGAAGAUGCAGAAGCCUGGGAAGAAAGCUCAUAAAAAGAUGCACAAGAACCAGAAGCAUGGCCACCAUUCCUCCUCUUCCUCCUCCUCUUCCAGCAGUGACCUGACUGAAUACAGGCCCUGGACCCUGUAUUCAGACCCUCAAGUCGCACCAGUUCUGCUCUCCCAUCAAGCUUCAGAUCCUAUGUUGUACUGGAGGAAAGUAGCCCCUGUGCUCCCCAUCCCUGCCCCUGCCCGGUCCUCACCCUGCAGUUCAGCCUUGAGUGUCUAG